CGGGGACAGUAUUUAUGGUCACACUGGAAAAAAUUGGAAAUUAGCAACGUUUUAUCAGGGCAUUUACACAAUUACCGUGCUUAUUUGAUUGAGUAAUAGUUAUAUGCACUAACAUACUGGCGUCUUAAACAGCACAGUGUCCGCUUAUAUAAGGGUUCCUGAUGAAGGUGUGCAGGUAAUACUUUGAGAGCCCCGUAAGACGCCAUGUCUGAAGAGGCAAUUUCAGAAAGUGACCUGGAGGCCAGCCUUAACAGUGAAGAGGAGUAUUUAGAAAAUGAGGAAGAGGAAGACAAUGAAGACAUGGAGGAAGAUGAGGAUGAAAAUGAUGGAGAUGAUGAAGACGACAGUGUUGAUCGACCUGCGAGUGCCCAGAGCCGGACAGAAACGGGUCAGGAUGACAGGGACUCCACCUCAGCUACCUCCGGAGAGCCUUCUUCCGAGCCUCCAUCUCAGCCUGCAUCCCGUCCAUCCUCCAGGGCCCCUUCCAGACCUGCCUCUCGUUCUCCAACAAGCCCAGAGAACUCGAGCAAGAGUGGGCCGCCUUCCAGCAAAACAAAGAAACAGAAAGCCUCUAAACUGAACAAAUCCUCAAAGUCUCUGAAAGGCUCCAAACCUUCAAAGCCAUCUAAGCCUGCACACAUGAGGAAGAAUAUCAGAAAGCUGCUGAAAGAGGAUCAGCUAGAGGCUGGAACCAAGGCUGCUCAGCAGGAAGAGAUGGAGAGGCGGAAACGUCUGGAGCAGCAGAGGAAGGACUUUCCUACACCAGCUCCAGCUGUCCCUGACUCUCAACUAGCAGUGGAGACUGCUUCAAUUUUAGGAGAAGUGUCUCACUUAGUCCCUGGUCUCCUGAGCAAGCAGGAUGUGAUCUGUCUGGACAGCAGUGGUGAAGAAGAUGAAAAAGCGGAGCCAACGUUGCCCGGACUUCCCAUUAGAGAUGAUGUAAUUGAGCUCAGUUCUGGGGACGAAGACGCCCUGCAGAUAAGCAGUGAGUCGGCUGAUGAAGAUCCUGAUGGUGCCCAUGGGACAGAGGAGAGCAGUGGAGCACACAUCAACGAUGAUCUGAACCUGCCUGAUGUUCAAGGUCGAGUGCUGGUUAAUAUCAAUCACCCUGCAGAGGAGAAAGACAUUUUCCUCGCCCCACAGCUGGCCAGGGCUGUCAAACCUCAUCAGAUCGGGGGAAUCCGGUUUCUCUAUGAUAACCUCAUUGAGUCUCUGGAGCGCUAUAAUACCAGCAGUGGCUUUGGCUGCAUCCUUGCUCACAGCAUGGGGCUGGGCAAAACAUUGCAAGUCAUUUCCUUUAUUGACAUCCUGCUGAGGAACACUGAGGCCCACACUGUGCUUGCUAUUGUCCCUGUGAACACACUUCAGAACUGGCUAACAGAGUUUAAUCUCUGGCUCCCACCUCAAGAAGCCCUCCCCCCUGACACCGACCCCACAUUCGUCACUGGCCGCACAUUCAAAGUUCACAUUCUCAAUGAUGAGCACAAAACAACGCUGGCCAGGGCCAAGGUUGUGGAGGAGUGGUCUAGAGAUGGAGGUGUGUUGCUCAUGGGUUAUGAAAUGUACCGGCUGCUGUCCAUGAAGAAGAGCUUUGUGAUGGGCAAGAAGAGGAAAUCAAAGAAGCCUGCCGGACCAAUCAUCAUUGACCUGGAUGAAGAAGACAGACAGCAAGAGCUCAUGAAAAGUAUUGAGAAGGCCAUAGCACGGCCCGGCCCAGACGUAGUGAUCUGUGAUGAGGGCCAUCGCAUUAAGAACUACCACGCCAGCACAUCCCAAGCCCUAAAGAACAUCCGGUCCAGACGCAGGGUAGUUCUGACAGGUUACCCCUUGCAGAACAACCUUAUCGAAUACUGGUGCAUGGUGGACUUUGUCAGACCUGACUUUUUAGGCACACGCCAGGAGUUCAGCAACAUGUUUGAGCGUCCAAUCCUAAAUGGUCAGUGUGUGGACAGCACUCCUCAAGAUGUUCGCUUGAUGCGCUACCGUAGUCACGUGUUGCAUAGCCUGUUGGAGGGCUUUGUCCAGCGACGAGGUCACGAUGUGUUGCGAGACCAGCUUCCCACGAAGGAGGAGCAUGUGAUCCUGGUACGGCUCUCCCCCAUUCAGAGGGCACUCUAUACAGAGUUUAUGAAACGCUUUCGAGAAGCAGGGAACACAGGCUGGCUCGGCCUCAAUCCACUCAAAGCUUUCUGUGUUUGCUGCAAGAUCUGGAAUCACCCAGACGUCCUCUAUGAAGCCCUGCAGAAAGAGAAUCAGGCCAACGAGCAGGACCUGGACCUCGAUGACAUCACUUCAGCUAGCAACCCUCGCUGCCCUGCACCCGGUGCUGGCCUCAAAUCCAAAGUAGCAGACUCAAGCAACAGUAAAGUCAACAGCACUCUGCCACCACUCAAUUCCUCUCAGGACAGAGCCAAUCAAGUCAUCACAUAUGAAUGGGCAAAGGACAUAAUGUCCAACUAUCAGACAGGAGUUCUGGAGAACUCUGCCAAGAUGGUUCUGCUCUUCCAUUUGAUUGAUGAGAGUGUGAGGAGAAGAGACAAGAUUUUGGUCUUUAGCCAAAGCUUGUCCACCUUGACGGUCAUUGAAGACUUCUUAUCAAAGAGACCCAUGCCGCAGGGCAUUGCCUCCACUGAUGGCCAGAGCCAGAACUGGGUUCGCAACCUCAAUUACUACAGACUGGAUGGAAGUACAUCUGCCUCAGAAAGGGAGCGGCUUAUUAAUCAGUUUAAUGAUCCAGAAAACAGCUCAACACGGGUCUUCCUGCUUUCUACCAGAGCGGGCUGUUUGGGGGUAAAUUUGAUUGGCGCAAAUCGCGUCGUCGUGUUUGAUGCAUCGUGGAACCCCUGUCACGAUGCCCAGGCUGUGUGUAGGGUUUACCGAUAUGGUCAGAGAAAGCCCUGCCACAUUUACCGCCUCGUCUGUGACUUUACCUUGGAGAAAAAGAUCUACGACAGACAAGUCUCCAAACAGGGCAUGUCGGACCGUGUGGUUGAUGACCUGAACCCAGUGCUUAACUUUACUCGUAAGGAGGUGGAGUCGCUGCUGCACUUCGUUGAGGAGGAGCCUGAAGCUGAGAAAAUCCUUCUAGAAUCCCUGGCAGUAUAUGAGCCAGUGAUAUCUCAAGCUUGUCAGCUUUAUCCACGUCUCAUCUCCAAGCUACCAUUCCACCACGAGUCUCUGCUGGUGGACCGGAAAGAGUCGAAAUUGACCAAAGCAGAGAAGAGAGCUGCUAAGAAGAGCUACGAGGAUGAGAAACGAGCCUCUGUACCUUAUUCCCGUCCAUCAUAUGCCCCCUAUUACCCAACCAGUGAUUAUCCGCUCACAAACAUACCAGCAUUUGCCCAGCGUGGAUGGCGUCCCAUGACACGGCCAGAUGACAAGCCUGUGGCAAGUGUCAGGCCAAUUCAGUCAACACCAAUACCCAUGAUGCCUCGCCAGGUCGGCAUGGGCAUGGUUGGCUCUUCCGGCAGUCUCCCUGUCAACUUUCUCCAGAAAGCCGGUGUUUACGUGCAGAGGAUUGUCACCACAACAGAUAUAGUGAUCCCAGGAGCCAACAGCUCAACAGAUGUUCAAGCUCGAAUCAGCGCAGGAGAGAGCAUCCAUGUUAUCAGAGGAUCUAAAGCAGGUACCUACAUCAGAACAAACGAUGGACGAAUAUUUGCCAUUCGAUCUGGAAAGAUCAGUCGACCUGCAGCCGGGGGUUCUGCUGCUUCAAGAGACUCCCAGGGUUCGGGGAUCCGACCAGUCAGUAAUGGCUGUUCUUCCCCUGUGGAUCAAAACCAACGUUCCCCCAACGACGAGCAGCGACCCUCUUCUCCCUUAGGCACGGAGAUCCUCAGAGAGCUCAGCCAUUACACCUCAUCCACAGGCGACGCUGCUGCUGCUGGAGCAGGGAACGAUUUGGCGUCGCCGUCAGACAUGUCAUCUGUGCCGUCGGGAGAUGGAAAUGCUUCACAAAACUUUCAGGCCCGCGAUCUCAGUAGGCUCGGUGACGACCUUCUGAGUUCAUCUUUAGAGAUGCGAGGCACCAAACGCAAGAGUACUGAAAGUCAGGGAAACGCACAAAUGGGAGACAAAUGUACUUCUGCUGCAGCUCAUUUCCCUUCGCUUUCAGGUGGGCUCAGUUUUCCUCCAGUGGGUCUGAACUCAUCCCUACUUGGGAACCUUGGUCACAUGAGUCACCCACUUCUAAUGGCUGGUAGUGGUGGAUCAUCAUUCCUACAAACACCAGGACAAACACUGGCUGACCUACAGACCAUAUUUCCCUCUGCAGGCACAGACCUACUGAGACAACCUGCCACAGGGAACGGGCACCUUCCCACCCCCUCCUCUUCCUCUCUGUCCACUAUUUUCUCCUCUGCCUCUACGACCAUUCCUAUGUCAUCUACAUCCUCAGCAACAACUUCUUCCUCCCUACCAUCUGGUUCUCUGCCUCGGUACUUGAUGAACCCCAACAUGGCUGGCCUGCUUUCACCAAGGUUCCCCCUCACCUUCAGUCAGCCAUUGCUCUCUGAGCCGAGGUUGUUCUCCACGCCUCUUCUCUCAGGGUCAGGGGGGUUUUCUGCACCCAACUCCAGCUCGGCUACAUCCAGCUUCCUGUCCCACUUCAACAAUCCCACUUCCAGCCUGUUGGGGGCAGCUCUGACCCAACCAGACAGACAUCAAAGUACAGAGAACGGCGGUGACAGUUCAGAUGAUGAUGUUAUUGAGGUGACAGGACAGUAAGUCAGGAGUCUCAGAAAGUGCUGGCAAGGCAGUUACACACAUACACAUCUGUUUAACCUAAAGUGCAUUAGGAAUGGGAAUAUUUAAAUCUUUUAUGCAACUAAAUCAACGAAAUUCUGUUGUACCCCCCAAAGUUGCGUGCUAUUUUCUGAAUUUGCUCUCAGAAUGCAAAUGAAGAGAAAAAAGUGCAACUUGAUUAGAUUGAAAUGCAUAAAUAAUAAAACGUCUCAGGAAGGAUUUAUGUUAAUCCUGAACCUCUUAAAUAGAACGAAGUUGCCUGCUUUGACUUUAUUUGGCAGUGUUUCACUUAUGACCAAGCAAACAGUGGAACUGAAUUCCCAUUUCUAAUGAUGUCAUUAAAUGUCACACAUCAGGACGCACACAAACAGCUCAUACCUUAUUGACUUUCCAGAGUCAAGAGUUACAAAAUCCUCAUGCUGACUGUCCCAAGUUGUUGAGCUGGAGCAGCAGAGCAGUGGGAACAGACCUUUGUCAUACGGGGACCAGCCGAAUCUUUCAGGGAGGCAAAACAGCCUCUUUGUGCUACGUUUUAAAGCAAGGCUAUGCCUGCAGUUUUCUUUCCUCUGACUUCAAAUGAAAGUGAUUGGAAACUUUUUUUUUUUU